AAGAAAGUAGCCCGUACUCUAUGCUGGGCCGUAAUCCUAGAGUUUCAAUCUCACUUCUUGUAUUACCUAGCACUGAACCACAGGAACGGAGCGAUUCGAAGAUUCCCGUUCGCGGCACAUUACGGCCUCUGGUACUGCAGGGCUCAAUUUCUUGUCGUCUACCACCAUCUCAUCUGGUCCAUACCAUCCCAAGUCUCGCGGUUCGACGGGGUCCAGCCGUACGACGACCCGUGCUGUAUGAGCGGCUUGUACAAUAUGACGGACCAUUUGCGCAAGUUUGACCCGGGGCUGCACGCCUUCAUGAAGUCGUAUGUGUACAUUCCCCUUGCUGCUACCAGGCGUUUGUCGUCCAGGAUAGCUAGAACCGUGGUCACCUAUUUGGUGAUUACGUUAUGGCAUGGGACCGCCCUGAGGUAUUUCAAGUGGAUGGUGGGAACUUUUCUCGGUCUAUUGAUGGAUUACCUGGGCAAGUUGCUGGAAACGUGCUCCAUCGGAGUUUACCUGGCAAGUAUGGUUCCCUUAAUCAUAUUUUUUAAUUAA